AUGGAGCCCCCCCUCCCGGAGCGCGGGCCCGAGGCCGGGGGCGCGGGGGCGCAGGGGGCGCGCGGCCAGCCCGGGGUCCCGCCGCCGCCGGCCGCGCAGACACCCUGCAGCCUCGGCGCGUCGCUGUGCUUCAGCUCCGGGGACGGCUCCCCGCCGCAGGGUCGCGCCUCCGCCGCGGAGGGCGCAGCGUCCUCCCCGCCCUCGCGUCGUAGCGGCCCGCGGGUGGUGGAGCGGCAGGGGGAGGUCGGCAGCGCGGGCGCCGCGGCUCCCGGGGAGCCCGGGGACCCCGAGGAGUGCGUGUCCCCGGCGGAGCGCGCGUCCCCGGAGGAGCCCAUGACCCCGGAGGAGCGCCCCGCGUCCCUGGAGGAGCCCGCGUCCCCGGAGGAGGCGGAGGAGCCCGGGGACCUGGCGCCCGUGGCCCCCGGCGUCGAGCCCGUGCACGGGGAGCCCGACCUGGUCAUCGAGGUGUCGGGCCGCCGGCUGCGGGCGCACAAGGCGGUGCUGGCGGCGCGCAGCGACUACUUCCGCGCGCGGGCGUCGCGGGACGUGCUGCGGGUGCAGGGCGUGGGCUGGGCGGCGCUGCGGCUGCUGCUGGCCUACGCGUACAGCGGGCGCCUGGCGGGGGUGCGGCCCGACAACGUGGCCGAGGUGGCGGCGGGCGCGCGGCGCCUGCAGCUGCCGUGCGCCGCGCAGCGCGCCGCCGAGGCCGUGGCGCCGCAGCUGAGCCUGGCCAACUGCUACGAGGUGCUGAGCGCGGCCAAGCGGCAGCGGCUGACCGAGCUGCGCGACGCCGCCUACCGCUUCAUGAGCGACCACUACCUGGACGUGCUGCGCGAGCCCGGCGUGUUCGGGCGCCUGUCGGGGGCCGAGCGCGACCUGCUGCUGCGCCGCCGCCUGCGCGCGGGCCGGGCCCACCUGCUGGCCGCGGCGCUGGAGCUCGGGCCGGCGGGGGCCGCGGGGGGCGCGGGGGGCGCGGGGGCCGGGGGCGCGCGCGCCGUGUUCUGGCUGCACGAGGCGGCGGGCGAGUGGCGCGAGCUGACGCGGCUGCCCGAGGGCGCGGCGGCGCGGGGCUGCGGGCUGUGCGUGCUGCACAACUACCUCUUCGUGGCGGGCGGCGUGGGCGCGGCGGGGCCGGACGGGCGCGCGCGGGCCUCGGACCGCGUCUUCUGCUACAACCCGGCCACGGGGCUCUGGAGCGCCGUGCGCCCGCUGCGCCAGGCGCGCUCGCAGCUGCAGCUGCUGGCCCUGGACGGACACCUGUACGCCGUGGGCGGCGAGUGCCUGCGCAGCGUGGAGCGCUACGACCCGCGCGCCGACCGCUGGGCAGCCGUGGCCCCCCUGCCGCGCGGAGCCUUCGCCGUGGCGCACGAGGCGGCCGCGUGCAACGGCGACAUCUACGUGUCCGGGGGCUCGCUGUCCGGCCGCCUGCUCAAGUACGACCCGCGGCGCGACGAGUGGCAGGAGUGCCCGAGCAGCAGCAGCCGCGAGCGCGCGCUGGGCAUGGUGGCCCUGGGCGGCUCCGUCUACCGCUUCGACCAGGGCGCGGCGCGCGGAGACCCGCAGGCGGCCGGGGCGGUGACCGUGCUGCGCUACCACUGCCUGGCCAAGCGCUGGAGCCGCUGCGCCGCGCACCCGCCGGGCCUGCCGCCCUUCCGCUGCGCCGCGCUCGGCCGCGCCAUCUACUGCGUGGGCCGCGGGGGCACCUGGCGCUUCGUGCCCCCGCAGGACGGCGAGGGCGCGGGCGAGGGCGCGGGCGAGGGCCGGGGCGCGGGCCGGGGCGCCACCUUCGAGCCCGCGCCGCUCCGCGCCCCGCUGGACGCCCGGGGCGCGCUCGUCCCCUUCGUGCUGCACCUGCCGGAGGAGAAGCCAGACAGGGGCGAGGACGGCGCGGCCUAGGGGGGCGGCGGGGGAGCCCUGCGGUGCGCGCUGUCCACCGGGCCGUCUGGAGCUGGAAGCUCGUGCGCGCGCGGGGAUUGUUGCAACGCCCUCGUGCCGAAGGUCAGCUGCCCUAACCUGCCCUCCCUGCAGCCCCGCUUUGCUUAGCGCGGUCCGCGGCGUCCAGUGUCAACGUCUGUGCAAAUAGGUGAGCUGCAAAGAGGACACGAGGCGGGCAUCUGGCGGAGCAGGAGAAGCAAUUGGAGCAUCAAGCCUCAGGACACGGGGAAGGGUGGGGUCCAGAGUGUGCCCGCGGGGAGUCCGCAGCCCGCCCCACGUGUCAGUAGUUGUCCGGAGUGUGUCCCCGCCCGGACAGGGCCCCUUGCACCCAGCUCACAGCCACCAGCACCAGGAGACCCCGAAGCAGGCCACGCACUGUGCGCUGGGGGUUUAGACUCAUAACCCGUAACCAGAGCUCCUCAGAUGUUCCUAACAUAGUCAUUUUGCACUCAAAUGUGGGUUGGGUGAGUCCCAGAUGGCACAGCAGGGAAGGUGGGGCCCUGGGUACCGUGGGUCUCUGUCCGGCAAGCAGUGGACGUACCUUCCCUGCCGCAUGGAAGCUGCAGAGUGGGUCUCCCGGCCUCAGGAGCGGAGCCACCUCACCUGUCAACCCGCUCGGUCACACGUCGUUAGGGAAGGGUGUUACUGAUUAUGUCGGACGUCCUGGGGAUGAUUUACUCCGGGAAGCCAAGCUUGAGUAGGAAAAGCUGCCCCACAAGGAUGCUUGUCUGUUUUCAAAAGAACCUUGGCCAGGUACCCAUAGGUGCUCAGCCACCUUCGUGGUCUAUAACGAGCUCGAAGACACGAUUACCACCCCCCACCACCCAGCGGAAGAAGGUUAAAACCACUCCUGACGCUUCUAAAGACGAAGGCGUGGGCACAUUGGGAACCCACUGCGGACGACGUUUUUUUUUUGUUUGGUUUUGUUUUUUGUUUUUUUGUUUUUUUGCUUACAAUGUUCUGAGUACAUAUUAGGUGACUCUGACCAGGGAAAUGGAUUUUUUACAAACGCGACUCCAAGAGGCUGUGGCGAAGGGACAAGGAGCAUAUUGACAUAAGGGGAAGUAACUAUAUUUAUAACACAAUUGGCAAGGAAAGUACGUUUUUCUAAUUGAAUUCCAAAGCAGCCUGAUAGAAAUUAGCAGGAAACUCGCUACUUCGAGAGGACAAAGCACUAACAACAAAUCAAAUGAUUCUUCCUCAUUUGUUAUUAACAUUUUACUUUCCAAGUAGAUGUAGGCAGAGCUUACUAUUUACUACGCAUUUCCGGCUAAAACACAUGCUCACAAAUAGAGGCGAACUGAUUUGGAUUCUGAAUCCAGUCGUUUUUUUAUUAAAAUAGGAAAAGCCGCACUUAACGUCUGUGGUGCAGGGAGACGGAGUCCGGCACCCUUAGUGCUGUUCACUUCCUAACCCGGUGAGGGGGCGCUGACGUCCUGUAGCGUCGUGGGUUUUGGGAGAUACGUCGUGCUUUUUCGAGAGUCUGCGGUUAUGAAAGUCACCGGUUGAGUGUGUUUAGAAACGGCCAGCUCGCAUCUUCACGCGUGUGCCAGAGGAACAGAGUUCCUGAUUCCCGUUGGAGCACAUCCUGGCGUCCGGCGUGUCGGGACAGCUCACGAGCCACGAGGAGACCCCGGCAGCCUGGCUCACCUCAUCGUCUUAGGAAAGAGGGGACACACUUCCACCGCCUGCCGUGGUCGGCCUUCUGCGGGAGUAGAAAGCAGAAACGGCAGGAGAAAGAGGAAUUUACAGCAAAAGGGGACAGACAAUGUCGUUUUAAGGGAAACGUACGCCUUGUAUUGCAGCACGCCUUCCUCUGGAAUGUUGUUAUAUUUGUGGCAAAGCUUUUAUAUGAGAUAGAACCAGGCUAAUAUUUUCAUCCCGUAAGCCUCGAAUUCAUGAAAUACUAUCACUGUGAUUUUGCUUGAGAAAUCGUCCCUGUGAUGUUUGCCGUUUGAAAGCGAAGCGCGGUGCGGGUGGGCCUGCAGGGUAGAGCCGCGCCCGAGCUCAGGGAAGCGCCGGGGGGCAGGUGCGCACAGCCUCGCGGCCACUGCCCAGCUGCACUGCCGUGUGCGGCGCGGGAUUUCAUGGAACAGAGGCCUGUCCUGGACAUGGCCUCACUGCCUGCGGGGCUCGCCUUGGGGUGCCGGGGGUCGCCCCAGCGGAACACCCAGGGAGGCCGGGGGAAGCCGAAGGGUGAGUGGAAGGACAGGGAACAGUGUCUUAUUUCUAAAUAGGGGCACCUCAUGAAGACAAAUGCCAGGGGGCCUGCCAUGCCCUGGGGACCAACCCCUUUGGCGUUGGGGGCCGUUAUUUGGAGUUGUAGGCACAAGGUUUGCACCAGUUCCACGAGCAGAAAAGCCACCCCUCUGGGGUCGUGAUGUGGGGCACGGCUUGGUGGCGGGCGGGGGCUGGGGGGCAGGCCGUCCCGGCUGAGACUGGCCCCCGACGGCUGGCGUGCCAGGGACGGGCCUCUUCCUGCACGGGGUUCCAGGGGUGCGCCCAGCACUGCGAAGGAUGCCUUACUUUUGUUACUCACUUGUUGCGUGUUUGGUGUAGACGUGUUCCCGAUGAGUGAUCUGUCAGAGGCAAAUGAGCCUACGGGGUGUAGGACGACCGUCCGUAAUUCUGGUGACAUUAACCCCGGCACGCGGACGCUUGCACGGACCUGAAGAGCAGCGGUGCUGUCCGGAGACCGCCUCUGUCAGCGGGGGACCCACUCCGCUCCGCCCCCCGGGAUGCGCUGGAAACCCGGAGACGCUGCUCAGGGCACGUGUGUCUGAGGCUGUGCCCGAGCUCCCCGACUGUGUCCCAGAGCCAAGGCGAGUUCAGGCUGCAGCGCGCUGCACCCCUGCUUGGGCCGCGUGGACCCGCAAGUGCUGUGUCGUGUUCGCGCUCGUUUUACUUGCUUUCCUAGCUUCGAAGGCGUCGUUCUUGGGCAUUAAAAACACUCGCUGUUCUCCGUUUCCCGCCCCUCCGAGAUGGUGUCCGUGGGAAGGUGAGGGAAGGCGAGCGGGGUGCCCGGGCUCCCACGGUGCCUGCUUUCCUGUGGCUGCUCCCUGCACCUGCCGGCGGGGCCCAGCCUCGCCCCCCCUGCACCCUGGGCUCGGGGCGGCCCCCACGGCUGCGGGCGGGUGCUCGCUCUCCGGAGACCACAGCCCGCCAGGCGCUUGCAAGCUGUCAGCGGGCCGCAGCGCCACGUCCAGGACAGACGUCGCCGCGCGUGCAGGGAGCGUGUUAGCGCUUCGGGUUUCACACCCAGGCCCGGUUGCUGUGAACCCCUGUCCGUGUCCGCUUAUGCCGAGACGAAAUAAACCAUCGGAAAUGCA